AUGAAUGGGCCUGCGUCCAGAACACAUCCAGGCAACUCAAAGUCCGUUUCAGUUCCCGGGUUAUUCUCACAAACAAUUCUACCCAGUCCACUUAUCAAAUGGAUUCUUCCCGCACGGAUUCGAAACAAAGACCAUAACGAUGUCGUUCUCGUCAGCGAAAGACGGGUCCAAAUCAAGGAAGCUGUAGCAGAUGGCUAUCUUAAAGAUGUUGCGGAAAAGACUGAUUUCGGCGGCCCUAUUGUUGCUGCCAAAGUCCUCAAUGUCGCCAAGCAACUUCCUUUGGUCAGCCAGAUUGGAGACAACAACGACCAAUUACCAUCUGAAAUACUCGUUCUUUGCGUCGACCUCAGGGAGCUAGUUUUCCUUUACUGCCUGCCGAGCCCAGACAAUAAAAAUGGGGAUGAAUUUGUGACCUUUCGUCGGCCCCUUCCGGUCGAUGUAAGCCUGGACCAGAGAUUUGGAAAAAGCAUCGCUGUUGAUCCAAAAUCUCGCGCGAUCGCAGUAUCUGCGUGGAAUGACUUUUUCGGGAUCUUCAGGCUUAAAAGUGCGGAUCAAAUUCAGGAGCAUAUGAGUGAACGUGAUCUGGAUCACAUUCAACAUGAGCGGUUCAUGAAAAUCGAAGGUGAUAUCCUAUUCAUGGAAUUUCUCUAUCCCGGCAGUGAUCGUGACAAGAGCAUCACUCUACUGAUCAUUGCUGAUCAAGAUGGUGAAACAUGUGCAAUCACCUAUACUUGGCAGGAAGACAAGGAUAUUAUGAAGGUUCCUCCAAUUGAGAACAAAUUCAAGUUACGAGACCGGGAUAUGCUGCCUACGAUGAUUGUCCCACUGACAAAGAAAUCUUCUUUCUUGGUGGUAACCACUACCUCUAUGGCAGUUUACUCAUGGGAUGGGAAAGAUCGACCGAAGAGAUACCCCCUGCUUGCUCCGAACUCCGAUAUCAGUGCUGCCUCGAUCUGGACUCAAUGGGCACGACCCGCACGCAAUGAGCUCUACAAUCGGAGCCAUGACGGGAUUUACCUUUGUCGAGAGGACGGCUGGAUUUAUCUCCUUGAGUUCGGAAACGAAGGAGACCUGGAAGCCCAGACCUCUCUAGGGCAACUUCAUUGUGAUGUUGAUACUGCGUUCGAUGUUCUUGACAUGGGCCACGAAGGUGGUGAUUUCAUUCUAGCUGCGGGUAGUACUGGUGACGGAGGACUUUUCGUUCAAGAAGCACGAGCUGGCCCGAAAUGCGUCCAGCGGUUCCUCAACUGGGCCCCGACCAAGGAUGCAGCAAUGGUUGUCCCGGGCUCUCACAGCACUAGCCAGGGAAGCAUUGCUCAGAACCGCCUUUUCACAUGCUCUGAAACACAUCCAAAGCAAGGCGCGCUGUAUGAAUACCGAUGGGGAGUUGAAGCUCCAUUAGGGAUCACAGUGCCUCUUGAGGACCUCUCAAGCAUUCACGAUAUGUGGAUCAUUCCGCAUCACGGUGGUGGUGAAUUCAUCCUGCUGUCUGACCCGCUUUCUACACUUGUGCUCUACACCAACAUGGCGGUGGAAGAAGGAAUAACUGCUCUCGACGAGGACGAUACGGGAUUUGACAGUGGCAGGACCUUGCUGGCUGGAGAAACGCAGUCGGGCGUUGUCGUCCAAGUCACCGAAAAGGGUAUUCAUGCGUUCGACAGCCGCAAUAUUGAGUGGAAAACCGUCCAAGGUCAUAAACCUGACACAUAUAUCAUUGCAGUAGCACUCCAUUCCUACAACUCAAUCCUCGUCAUCCUUUCAAGAACUGCAGACGAGAUAUCGAUCCACCCCAUCAAGAUCGAGAGUACCCAGGGAAAUCCCACUUUGAAAAUCGGGAGCCAUCUUCAUAUAGGCGAACGUCAACCUGUCUGCCUAUGCUCAUUCAACUCUGCAGAUUCAGCGUUCGUCUUCAUGGGCUGUGCAAAUGGGUCAAUCGUGGUAUAUUCGAUUAUAGGAGACCAGAUAGUUCAAAUUUCUGAAGCGUCCGUCUCACUUAGUGGUGAGCAUGAAUCUGAUCUGUCGACAGUUGUGGAAAGCAUGGCAGCUAUUGAAAAUGCGCCAGAGAGUGUCCCCAACGUGUUUUUGCUCUGUGGCCUACGCAGCGGUCUGGUCGUCUCAUUCGGCAUCAGCUAUGGGAAUGGUGGACUUGGUACGUUGACUGGUUCGAAUGACAAAGAUGAGUCGUAUAUUGAUGUGUUUCAUACAGAAAUGAGGCAGAUAGAAGCAACUCGCCUGGGAACAACAUCUGUUCGGCUGCAAAGCCAGCACACUUUUGCUCUUCUCACUUGUGGCGACGAACUUUGGAUUGUGUCAUUUGAUCAUGGGCUUCCUAACACCAAGUAUCAUAUCCGAAGGGUGUGGGUUACGGAUCAAAACAACCCUGCAUACUUUCCUGUUGCCCUCCGUAGUUUCUACCUUGCUUGGCCGUAUGCCGAUGCAGCAAGGAAAGGAGACGUACAUGGACCUCUGUACUGUUUUGCCGACAGACAACUCCUGAUUUGCUCUUUGCACCAUGAAAUGAAGAUGGUUCCACGCCGUAUUGACUUACCAGGAAAGGCCCAAAAGCUUACAUACUCGCCUAUGCUACGAUCUCUGGUCGUAGCCUAUGAAACUCUGGAGGUAGAAGACCCAGAGUCUCCAUUUGUCACAACUACGCGGUCACACAUCGAGUUUGUAGACCCCGACUCUCAGAUGCCAGUGGUACAUGGGGGCAUGAAUUCACCAUGGAGACCAACAUCAUCACGCGGUGAAAUCAUCAGUUGUAUGCUCGAUUGGAUAUUUGAGAAAGAAGGGAAGACAUACCACAUGCUCGCAGUAGGUACAACACUGCCCAGUGUAUCUACUGCCGAGCCUGGACAAGGCAGAUUGAUCCUACUUCUCCCACGUCGAGAUGCAACCAAGCCAUCACAUAUCGAGUGCACCACGCAGUUUGUCCGAGACUUGGGAAGUCCGGUUCGUGCUCUAGCGUCGUACGGUGAUAGUAUUCUCAUCGGUUCGGGGAACCGACUGAUCCCAAUGGGAGCCAAGGGCUCAUUGACGAAAUGGCGCCGGAAUGCUGUGGGCAACCUCCCUUCCACUGCUAUCAAGAUUGUUGUCCACGAUGUGCACAUUUAUGUGAUGACCGCCCGUCAUUCAUGGAUAGUUUUCGAGGUUAUUGAAAGCACAAGCGAUUCAAAUGAAGGCGCAACACUGGCGCUGGCUUCCUGGGACCCCGUUACACGAGACGGACUGACUCACAUCCUCCACGGAUCCAAACCUGUGAUGCUCUCCAGCCACCGCGGAGGUCGAGUCAGUGCAUCUCCCAUCUCGGAUAGCUAUUCGGCAGGGGAAAACAUUACGACCUUGACUAGCUCCCAUCCAACUGCCAAUUUAGCAGAGUCCGUGUUGCAAUUUGUGGCGGGGUCCAAGAAUGAUGAAAACUUGUACGGUUUUACCCAAAUGUGCUUACUGCAACUUUUGCAGAACCUUUGCAUAGGGGAUAAGGAGAUUUGCCCAUCCAUCAAGCGUGGGAAGCGGUUGAAGAAUCCGCUUGUUCUACAUGUACAUGGGGCGCAUAUUGAUGGUGAUGUACUUUCUCGCCUCGUCAGUCGCGGUCCGAGUUAUCUUUCCUCCCUUAUUGGCCAACUAGAUGCCAACUCAGGGGGUGAUAGAGCGAGGAAGACCUUUGAUGAAUUGGCCGCUCGGGCUUUAGGAGAGGAGCAUAGCGGAGAGGCUGUCAUCUGCUGGCUGGCUAGUCUGCUCGAGGUCGACCUAGGACCUACUUAG